AUGGCUAUGACAGCCGACGGCUUCUCCCAAAUUCAAAUAGCGCAGAUCCUACGGCUGCCAGCCGAGUUAACGAAGUCUCCUAAAGAGCGCAAUGUACUCGAAGGCUUGCUUCAAGGCUUCGAAAAACUGGCGUGGCUAGAGGACAAUGACACCCAGAAUACUACCUUAGAUCGUUACUUUAAAUCUAUCAGACCCGAAGCUAGCGAUACUGCUUUCAGCGUUGAUAGUGGAGGAUCAAAUCGCAUGGAGGUUGAUGAUCGGGAGGUCGAGGACAAAAACGCUGAUGAGGAAGCCUUCCAUGUUGAGGAGGACUCCGGUGUUGAGGAGGAGGACUUUGAUGUUGAGGAGGACUCCGAUGCUGAGGAGGACGUACUUCCCGACGCUCUUGAUGCAGGUGAAGAUAACGACUACAGGGUCUUCCGAGAAGCUUUCUAUUCUGAGUUUCUUCUAACAGACGAUCAAAGUAACGACGGAGAAAAUACAGAGUGA